UCAUCGUGAUAUUCCAAGUUUCUGAACCGCCCUUCUCCAGCAACAGCGUUACACGCGAAAUUUCCCCUCCAUUUCUUCACUGUUCAGUGUUGUGCUUCUCUAGUCCUCUCUCUCUUUCCAUCUCUACAAAAGUAAGUGAACGACCAAGACUUUGCCUGCACCUUGGGUUUAGAAUUCAGGUUAAUCCGACUGUUUUUGCGCGAAUCGGGAUUUCUUGUUGGGAAUUUGUCUAAGGGAUGGUGAAAUCGGCCGACAAUGGUUUCGGUUCUGUGGCGCCUUUCCUGAAAAAAUGUUAUGAGAUGGUGGACGAUGAGUCGACCGACUCGCUUAUAUCCUGGAGCAAAAGUAAUGACAGUUUUAUCAUCUGGGACAUGACUGAGUUCUCCGUUCGUUUGCUUCCCAAGUAUUUCAAGCACAACAAUUUCUCCAGUUUCAUCAGGCAACUUAAUAUUUAUGGUUUCAGGAAAACUGAUACAGAUCGCUGGGAAUUUGCCAAUGAUGACUUUAUCAGAGGUCAAAAGCAUUUACUGAAGAAUAUAUUGAGAAGAAAACAUCCACACAUUGCAUAUCAGCAAAAGUCAUCACAGCAGCAAGAGAACCGUGAUGUGCCUUGUCAAGAAGUUAAAAACCAUAACCUAUGGAAAGAAGUCGAGAAUUUGAAAACUGAUAGAAAUGCUCUUACACAGGAGUUGGUUAAAGUUAGGCAGCACCAGGAAUCAUCGAAGAACAAGUUGCUGCUCCUGACAAAUCGACUUCACGGAAUGGAAAAGAAUCAGCAACAGAUGUUAUCAUUCUUAGUCAUGGCAAUGCAAGUCCCUGGGUUCAUGGUCCAGCUGCUUCAGCGCAAGGAAAACGCUUGGCGUACAACUGAGACAAGCAAUAUGUUGGAACACGGUGUAGAAGAUGUUCAACCGGUUGCUUCUGAUGGGAUGUUAAUGAAGUAUCAACCACCUUUGAGUGAAAAAUUGAAGCCUGUAGUCACACCAUCUCUUGUUUCAGAUGAGCAACUGGAACCCAAUCUCUGUACUGAUGGGUUGAAAGAUUUCUUCAUCAAUUCUGACUUCUUGAAGGUCCUCAUGGACGAAAAAUUGUGUCAAAUAGACAAUCAUUCUCCAUUUAUUCUACCAGAUUCACCUGAUGAUAAUGCCUGGGAACGGCUCCUUUUAGGCAGUCCCUUUGCUGAAAAUGCUGAAGAUUCAAAUCCGGAAAGUGACAGGCCCACCAACAACAGAAUGGAGAUUGAGCCUGCUAUAUGUGAAACGCUGACUGAUAAAUCCCAAAAUUGUAUUGGGUUGAUUCCAGAAAUGGACAAAACUCAGAAGAGUGGAUGGGAAGUAUAUGCUAAUGAUAUUCAUUUGGAGAAGUUGCAGGGUUUGGAAUCUCUAGCCGAGCACAUGGAACUCUUGGCUUCUGAAGUAAAUUAGGAAUAGGGAAAUAAAUAUUCAGCGCCAGAGAAUUUUUGCUUACUUAAUUCAAGUAUUGUAUUAAGAUAUAAUCAAAGAAUUCCUCCUUCCAUCUCUCUCCCAUUGGUUUGAUCUUUUAAAACCAGUGUAGUCUGCUCUUCAGUCACAUGUUUAGAUAUGUUACUGCAAAGAGGUCUAGGCGCGGCCGCACAAAAUGUAACUUGUUGAUCUUUUUACUAUUUGUAAAUCGAAGUUUUGUCAAUGGAUUAAUUCUCAUUUUGGUUAUCUGACA